AUGUGCAAGCUUUCAGUCCGAAUGAAGAAGUUCAAGCAGACGAAGACAUUCAUCCGACAGUUCCUGCACCGCAACUCGCUCGGUGAAGAGGUCCCAGUGAGGCCUCGGGCUUGGUCGCAAACUCGUAAAAGAUGCCAUGAUCUAGUCAAGACGGCGAUCACUAAAACCUUCAAUCAGUCUACCAUCAAAGGGAAGAAGUGGGGGAUCAAGGAUCCUAUAACAAAUAGGUUUAUUGCAAAUGCGAGGCUCGACUCCGAGUUGAAAGCAAAGAUGAUGAGGUUGGCCAAGGACAACUCCAACCAAUUGUGCAAUCCAGUCUUAAAGCUUAAAGAUUUCGACGGGGUACUCGACACGCCGGUCGAAGUAUUACAUGUUGUUUUACUUGGGGGAAGGCGGAGCAGGACGACCCACGCGGUGGUCCAUUGGCGAAGCUGGGCUGGCGUUGCUUGUCCGGGGGCACCUUGCGUGAGGCAUGCUGGGACUUGUAUCAAAAAACCACCGGGGCUGCAGGCCGGGCCGGCCCGCGGGCGCGAAGACCGGGCCCCCCGAAUUCCUAGCAGGCUCGCAGGACGGGGCUCCCCCACUAGUCAUAGCCCCCCGGUGCCUGGCGGCGCAGCAGCGAGGGGGCACCUCGCCCAGACCUACAUGGGCGAGCCCUACCCCCUUCGCACCCAAACAUUGGGCCCCCACCACCACCAUCUCGAGGCCCUCUACUAUUUCCAACUCACCCGCCGCGAAAGCCCUCUACUAUUUCCAACUCACCCGCCGCGAUCAAUGUCCUUUGUGCCAAUUCAGGCCACUCCACCUGCCCCGGGCCGCCGCCCGGAUCCUCAAGACGAUGAUGAUUCCGACGAUGAACGCCCAACUCAAAGACAGCGCCGCGAAGAGGGCCCGCCCGCCCCCAGGCCCCCAUUUAAUCCCUUUGCUCACAGGACCCCGGCGGUCCCCGAUGGCGAACUUCCCGAUGACGGCCUCGACCCAAUCCCCAUGACACCAGCCAAUCAGAUAUAUGCUCACUUCGCAGUUGUCCCGCUUUCGGCCGAUCUGGCCACUCAUUUUGAAUUGAUGCCUCAGGCAGAACAAAACAGCAUGUUAUUCUCCAUGCUUGGAGCCAUCCUUCAGCGAAACAACCCCGGCGCCCCUCCCGCGGGGGAGGCUGCCCGCCCCAUUGUCCUCAGCCAGGCGGAUCAAGUCCGAAUAUUUGAGUAUCUCCCAGCUGUCAAGGUCAGUCAACCCCCCGCCCCCUGCUCCCCAACGCAUCUCCCGCCCGCACUAACAUCCACCAUAUUACCCAGGACCCAGGAAUUCAUGCGAGAAGCGGCCCGCGACGCCAUGAUGAUCAGCAAUGUCAAAGCGUACGCCAGAGACACCCAAGAACGUUCUGUAUUCCGCAUGGUCAUGAACUCACUUCGCCAACGGCCCGCUCAAUACCAGCGCACCCACUUCCCACCGCAAUUUUUAAAACACGAACGCGCGGCCCUCAAUCAUGUCCAAACUGAGGUGAGGAGGCAGAUAAAAAAUGUCCGAUACAUGGUGCGCAAUCAUGCGCUCACCGGCGUUGUCCUCAGUCAUGGACACACCGUCCUGCCCGCGAUCCCAACCUUAGAUGACUAUGCCCGUGAGCUGUGGAGGUUCUUAAUGGGUACAACCACCAGAGUCACGGAUACACAAGUCGACACCACGCUGGCACACAACCCCCAACUGAAGGCGCGAUUCGCGACGAUCUCGCAUUGGGAUCAGAUUGACGCGCAGCUCAACGCCAACAGACCACGAAGCAAAGAUUAUGUGAAUGCGUGGACCGUACUUGUAGUUGAGAAGGAUCACGAGAUGUUCGCCUCUUCCCCCCUGGUAGAUGAGGUCGACAAGCUCAGCUGCCGGUGCCCAACUGAUGCCGAGGUGACUGCGCAGGUGGCGCUUAUGGCAUGA